AUGUUACUGGAAAGAGAUCUGAGGAAUGCCACAGACAAAUUUAUCAACCUGGUUUUUCUCUUAGGAGUUUCUGUGGACAAGAAGAAAAACAUAAGGGCAGAGCCAAAAGGAGGAGGAGAGGUAGAAUGUCUCAAGGUCAAUCGGCUGCUGUUUGGGGAACCCGUGGAAGAUGCUGCUCCCUGUGUGUCUCCUGUGGCUUCCACAGUGCCUGUGACUGAAUUGUCGUUCACUCUGGCCAUCUCAGAACAGCCUCCAGAAGGCUCAGGACCAGCCUCUCUGCCUGAACCCUCUGUACCUCUCUCCAUUUGCUCACCUGACCUGAUAACCCCAUUAGUUGAUUUUCUUUCACCUUCACCACCAGGUGAUUUGCUACCACAGCCUGCUUCCCCCUUGGAUUCCACAUUCCCAGUGGACCAUUUUCCACCACAACCAUUUGCCUUCUCCCCAUGCCUCCUACAUCACACUCAGAAAGUGAAUCAUGUUCCACAACCAGAUCCUGCUUUGUCUCUGAACACCGUCUCCUCACUGGACCUCAUCCUGUCUCAAGAUAUGAACCUCUUAUCAUAUUUGUCCCAUGAAGUGAAUCUCACUGAUGCACUCACUUGUCAUUGCACAUCACUAGCCCUGUCUGCUUCACCACCAACAGACUGCACUUUGACUGUCACUCAGUCGAAAUUGAUACCAAUCUCACAGAAGCCUAUCCCUGAGAGCUCAUAUCCAGUGAGCCUUCAUGGAGAUGAAAAUUGGGGAAACUUUGCAACCAACUCUGUAGAGGCUGGUAACCUCUCUUUUCUGAGUCCUGAUAUCCUGGCAAAACAGGUUAAAAAGAGAAGAAACUUUCUGAUGUUGAAGGAAAAAGAAAAAGAGUCCCCAUAUCCUAACACCUGUGGGGACUAUGUAAAUCAGCAACACAUCCAGCUCUUCUGGGGUCUCCCCUCUCUGCACAGUGAGUCCCUGGUGUAUACUAUCCUGGUCUCAGCUAUAUUGACUCAGACUUUGCCUCAAAGCUUACAUGAGUCCCAGAAGCUGUAUCAGGUCCAGCUCCAGUCUUACCUUCAAUCCCAGUUCCAAAUCCCACCACCACCUGCACCCCAGAUUAUAUACCAGAAUAAGACACAGUCUCAAGAUGAAAUUCACCACUUGGAGUGGCUCGUGGUGCAGAAGCAACUGGAAGAUUUUUGCCAUAUAUCCAAUAUUGUCAAAAGGUCUCAGGAAGCAGAAGAACAAGAGGAAUGUCAGGGAUAUAACCUAGACAGUGUCCUAAAACAUCAUCUGUCAAAAGACCCAGACAGCUCUUCAGUUAGGGUUCUGGAGUUUGACUCCAAAAAAGAAGCAAAAAGUUACAGGCUAAGUCUGUCAGGGAGUAGUUCAAGUGUCUCAGGGGUAAACUUAGAUCAGAAACAACUAGAAAAUGCCUUUAACACACAAAUCAAGGAGGAUAGGAUCCCUGAGAUUAUCCAUAGUUCAUGGCACACUGUCAAGAAGACAUUGCCUUUUCCUGAGAAAUCUCAGGAAAAGAGAUGA